CCUAGUUUCUCUCCGCCUGGGAAAGAUGGCUGCUCCGGCGGUGGUGGUGGUGAGGAGCUCCGGCCCGGCGCUGUGCCCGAGCUUCGCGGUGGUCUGCUCGUUCCUGGAGCGCUACGGAGCAGCCCUCGACCUGCCCGAGAUGACUUACCCGCAGAUGGAGCGCUAUCUCCGGGACAAAACGGCAGUUCCUAAACCUCUUGUGGAGCUCCAUGUGAAGCUGCUCAGGAAACUGGGGAGGUCUGUUUCUACGGACCGCUGGGAGAAGUACCUGGCCAAGGUUUGCCAGGAGUUGAACAACACCUGGGCUUGGGAGCUGGAGCAGAAAGGCUACCAGGAAAUGUCCAUGGAGUGCAAGUCAAGCAUUCUCAAAUAUCUGUGUGAGUGUCAGUUCGAUGACAACUUGAAGUUCAAGAUGGCGAUUAACGAGGAGGAUCCGGAGAAGAUGCGUCUGCAGCCGCUGGGUCGGGACCGGCAGGGACUGAUGUACUGGCUGCAGCUGGACCAGGAGCAGAACAUCAGGCUGUACACCGAGGAGCAGGACGACCUGGACGGAUCCACGUGGAACUGCAUCGUCAGGACCCGUAACGACCUGGCCGAGGCUCUGGAGCUGCUGAAGGCCCAGGUCGAACCAAACCCCAACCGGGACCAGAACCAGGCUGGAUCCAGGAGUGCCAGCCCAACACAGAGAGACGCAGGGGACGAGGUGACAGGAAGCACCAACCCUGAACCCUCUAAGACCACAGAGCAGAACACUGAAGACAAGAAGGACGAGCCUGAAAAGGAGGAGAAGCCGCUCGCACAAGUGGUGAAGCAGGAGCAGCCGCCGACCAUCAAACAGGAAGACGCUGAGGUGAAAGAAGAGAAGCCGGAGCAUCGCCCGCCGCCCGCCUUCGAUAACCGCGUCAGCACCAUCACCACCAUCGUCAAGUCGGAGUCCAGAGACGCCGACGCCCCUCCGAAAAACGCUGUGUCCGUCGUCAUGGCAGCGGGAGCCGCAGUCGCCGCUGCCGCCGUCGUCCCGAAACAGGAGCUGAACAAGGAAGAGGAGGCGGAGCGGGCGGUCGUCAGGAGCAACCAGCAGGCCAAGAUACCGCUGAAGAAGAGGGAGCUGAAGCUGGCCGAGAGUUACCAUAGCAACCACCUGAACAACAGCAGCAGCAACAACAGCAGCAGCAUCAUCGUGUGCAACCCGUCGGUGAUCCAGACGAAGGACAGCCAGGUGAGGGAGGGGCUCUCGCUGGCGCCGCCCGGUGGUCCCACGUCGUCGCAGCAGCAGCUGGCCGUCACCGCGCUGAGGCAGGAGCUGACCAACGGGAGGUCGGCGCUCCUCCUGCCGCACAAAGAGGGCCAGAACGGAGUCAUAGGGGUCAUAGGUCAAGUGGGGGUUGUGGGUCACGUCGGCGUCAUCCGAAGCCCGUCGGAGCGCCACAGGACGACGGCCGAGCAGCAGCAGCAGGAGCAGAACGGGCCGAGUUUAGCGGAGCAGCACGGACCCAGAGCUGCUGCUGCGGAGGAAGAGCGGGAGGUGAGCCGGCAGUCGGUGCUGGUGAGGAAGGGUCCGAUAGAAGGGGAGACGACCACCGCUGUGUCCGUCACCAUCUCCACGGAGGAACCGAGGAGACACACAGCAGAGGAGCAGGGUCCAAAAAUGACCAAGGAGCUGAUAGAGAAGGAGGCGAAAACUGGGUCCAGCAGUCCUCAACGAAAAGAGGACGAGGAGGAGGAAGAGAGGAGAGGGGGAGCGGCGGUAGAAGAAGGAAGUAAAGACGACCAUGAAAAGGAUAAAAGCACUUUAGGGAAGGUGGAGGCAGAACCGGCGGGUGCUGUCCCACCUCUGAAAGAAGCCCAGCAGGAGCACCAGCGAGGAGAGGGGAUCAACGGAGGGUUGGUAGCCCAGGUUAGAGUGAAGGACGCUGGGCUGCAGCCGGAGGAGAAGCAGGGUCCUCUGGAGGAAGCGUCGUCGGAGAUCCAGAAAGAAGGAAUCAGGUUGAAGAUAAAGAUCCCUCCUCAUCGAAGGAACAAGAACAAGCUGAGGGGGAAAGGAGGCAGCGGCGGCGGGAAGGAGGAGGAGAAAGCGAGGGAGCAGGUGCAGGAGGAGGAGGGGAGGUCGCUGAGGAGAUCUGCGAGGAUUUGCAGAUCAUCUGCUUUGCCAACCUGCAGGCCGAGCUCCAAGGCGGCCGAGAGCCAGACCAAGAAACAGCCCAAAAAACAGGCGCUGCCCUCCCGAACCCGGGGGGAGGAGGAAGAGGAGGAGGAGGAGGAGGAGGAAGAAGAGGAGGAUGAGGAAGAGGAUGAGGACGAGCAGAAGAAAAACAGGAAAGCAGAACCUGUUGGACCUGUUGGACAGAUCAGGAAACGAAGGGGUAAUCGGAGGCACCGACGGCCCCGCUGGUCCAACAUCCGCUCCAAGAGGCGCAAACUGAACGAGGGCGAGUCGAGGGAACGAGGAGAGGAGGAGAGCGAAGGAGGGAGCGACUCGGAGGAAUCGUGUAAAUCGGAGGAGAUCCGCAGCGAGGACGCGUGCAGUCAGUGCGGUCUCCCGAAUCAUCCCGAACUGAUCCUGCUGUGUGACUCGUGUGACAGCGGUUAUCACACCGCCUGCCUGCGGCCGCCGCUCAUGUUGAUUCCUGAUGGAGAAUGGUUCUGUCCUCCCUGCCAACAUAAGCUGCUGUGUGAGAAACUAGAGGAGCAGCUGCAGAAUCUGGACAGUGCUCUGAAGAAGAGAGAGAGAGCAGAGAGGAGGAGGGAACGGCUGGUUUACGUUGGGAUCAGUGUGGAGAACAUCAUUCCUGAGGGAGAUGAGGAGGAAGAGGAGAAGUCUCCGAAGAAGAAAGACUCUAAAAAGAGUAAAAAUCUGGGUCGGAGAUCGACCAGAACCAGGAAGCACAUCAGCUACAGGUUUGAUGACUUUGAUGACGCCAUCGACGAGGCGAUAGAGGAAGACAUCGGUGACAUCUGUGGUGGAGCGGGGCGGGGCAAAGACAUCGCCUCCAUGCUGUCAGAGGACGGGAAGGAGAGCCAGCGGCCAAUCAGAGGUCCGACUCGCUCCGCCAGGAACAGGAAGAAGCGGCGGCUGAACGACCUGGAGAGCGACAGCACGGCGGCAGAGAGCGAAGACGAGUUCAUGCUCAGCAACAGCUCUGAAGACGAGGAUUUCGGAGCGUCGGGACCAGACGAGGAAGAGGAGGAGGACGAAGAGGCGGGCAGCGACGUGGGCAGUUUGGAGAGCGGGGCUCGUCCCCGACGGGCGAUGAAAGGGGUCCCGAAGCGGCCCCCCGGCAGGACCCAACGCAGGGGCAGGAAACGGCUGAGGAGGCGGCGGAGACGCUCGUCUGAGGAAGAGGAGGAGGAGACUGAGGAAGAGAUGGACUCGGAUCAGUACAGCGACAUGUCGGACAGUAACCCGGAUAAGAAGCGGGGGGGUUUGAGGCGAGGUCAGCGUCAGCAGGUAAACUACCGCGAGACGACGGACUCGUCAGAUAAUUCUCAGCCGUCCACCAAGAAACUGAAAGUGAGACCACGCGGCCGCCCGCGCAAGGAGCAUCUGUCCACCGACUACAGCGACGUGUCGGGGUCGUCCAGAGACUCCGAGGAAGAGGACGACUACGAAGACGAAGAGGAGGACGGCCGGAGGAGGCGAGUGAACAGGAGGAGGAGAGAGGAGGAAGACUUCCGCAGGAGCAGGACACGAGUGAAGAGGAGGCGAUACGAAGGAGACGACGACAACAACGAGGCGGACGACAGAGCGAGAGGGAGACGGCUUCAGAGGAAACUGCUGGAGAGGGAGGACCGAGAGAAGAGGAGGAGUUUAAAGAGGACAGACAGAGAAGAGGAGGAUCUGGAGAAGAUGGGAAGAGGGAAGAGGAGAGAGAUCCUGUCGGAGCAGCGCCGCAAACGCCUCGCUCUGAUGCUGAAGAAACGGCGGCCUUCCACGGACGAGGACGACGAUGAGGACGACGAAUCCGAUGAGUCCGAGUCGUCGUCAGAGGAGGAUCGUCCGAUUCGCAAAAGACUCAACCGCAUCGACUCUGAUGAGGAAGACGAUGACGACGAGGAGGACGAGGAGGAGGAAGAGGAGGAUGAUGAGGAAGAGGGAGGGCAGAAGAUGGCGACCAAAAAGUCUUCAGCGGCAGAGAGGAGUUCACGCGUGGCCGGGGGCGACGGCAAAGACGGCAGCGACGCUCAGGACAAGGGGAGGGGCCGGAGCCUUUCUCCAUCUAACGGACAUCGGACCUCCAGAGGCCCGGCGAAGCCCGCGGCCGGGAGUCCCACCGCACCCAGAGACAGUGCAGGAACGGGCAGGCAGGACAGGCACAACGGCCCCUCACAUCCAGAGGAGGAGGAGGAGGAGGAAGAGGAGGAGGAGGAGGAGGAGGAGGAGGGCCAGAAAGACUCAUUAAACUCUGUUCAGAACAGUCCGCAGUCAUGAUGGCUGUUUGUGUGAACGCGGCUCACUUCUUCUUUGUUUCAGUUUUUUCUGUUAACUGUCAGAAACUGUCAGGCCUUUCACCCACAGAGCAACUCUGAAGCCGGAGAUCUCCUUCCUUCCCUCCCUCCUUCCUCCUUUCCUCCCUUUACCUCCACCUCCUCGUUCCUCGUUCCCUCCCUCCUUCUCUUGUCCUCCUUGCUGUCGUGUCGUGGUCGAGUGCUCUCCACACACUGUAACACUCACCAAAUACCCAUUUUACACUCAUCGUCAUCAUAAAUCAUCUUCAUCACCCAGGCUGGCACGACUAUCAGCCCGGACCUGAAUCAUCACCCAUCACCCUCACACAGCUGGAGGUUAUCGUGACCAUUCCUUGCCCCGCCCCCCCCGCCCCCUCCUAAAAAAAAAACAAAAAAACCCUUAAAUUACAGGACGGACGUCUUUCUGGCCUCGAUCUGAUUGGACGCAGCAGCGGUCUGUUUGUAGUGUACCUCAUCCCCCUAAAAGCACUUCUUCAUCAUUCUCAUAAACACUUAAUAAUAAAACCCGCCGCCAAGGAAGAGCGCCCCCGCCGUUGUAAAACCGAACACUUUGGA